CGUAAAUCAAAUGCAUAGAAGAAAAAUAUUCCUAUUUUGAUGCGAAAAAGACGAUAAUCCCAAGUGAAUUCCAGCGAAAAAGAAGUCAGUAAUGCAAAGUGUGCAUCACGGAACAAAAGAACAGUGUGAAUUUCGUAGCAUAACUGUUUAACGGGGAGACUCAGUGAAAAAGUGAUGCCUUCUGGAAAUACAAAUUCGUCAUCGGAACAACAAACGUCGCAAAGUGGCGGCAGCGGAGAUAAUGCGGCAAACACGGAACCAUCCCCAAAUGCAAUCAUCACAAAUACGACGGCACCCGUAAGCAAGGGACGAGGACGUCCCCCGCGAAAACCCGUCGCCAUCGCAGAAACGACAAAAACUGGCGCUACGUGUACGUGGUGUGCGGAAGCAAAGGACCCGCUGCAGUACGUCUUGCCCACACAAAACGGCAAAAAGGAGUUUUGCUCGGAAAGUUGUCUCGGCGAGUUUCGCAAGGCAUACAGCAAGGGCGCCUGCAUUCAAUGUGAUAACGUAAUACGAACGCAAACGGCACCAAAUCGCGAAUAUUGCUCCACAUACUGCAUGAAUAAGCACCAAAAGAAGAACAACAACACUACAGCAAACAGCGGUAAUGCGUCUCCCGCUGCUUCGUCGCGUAAUGGCAGCAAUAAUAACAACAAUAACAACAACAAAGACUCGCUAAGUGAGAAUCAUGCGGCAACGGCAACGACGAGAAUCAGUCCGACGCUUACGUCGACGGGUCCUUUUCAGUACGAGAGUUUCACGAUUUUCAAUUGGGACGAUUAUCUCAAGGAAAAUGGGGGAAAACCGGCACCCGCGCAUUGUUUCAAGCAGGGAAAGUCGCCGCCGCAGAACGAUUUCAAGAUUGGCAUGAAACUCGAAGCGCUCGAUCCGCGAAAUGUCACGUCGACGUGCAUCGCUACAGUUGUUGGGGUUUUGGGCUCCCGUCUCAGACUACGCUUAGAUGGCAGUGAUAACAAGAACGAUUUCUGGCGACUUGUGGAUUCGAAUGAAAUUGCGCCCGUUGGUACGUGCGAAAGUUCGCACGAAAUGCUCCAACCGCCCUUAGGUUUCCGCAUGAAUGCGAGCAGCUGGCCUACGUUUCUCGCGAAAACGCUUGCGGGCGCCGAGCUUGCACCCAAAGAGAUAUUUAAGAAGGAGCCGCUUACACCAAAGUCUAAUUUAUUCGAGGUUGGUCAGAAGUUGGAAGCUGUCGACAAGAAAAAUCCGCAGUUAAUUUGUUGCGCAACCGUUGCCGCGAUCAAAGAUGAUCAGAUUUACGUGACGUUCGAUGGAUGGCGUGGCGCUUUCGAUUAUUGGUGUCGUUAUGACUCGCGUGAUAUUUUCCCAGUUGGUUGGUGUGCGAAAAGUUGUCAUCCGUUACAACCGCCCGGGCAAAAGAGCAAAUUAGAUGGAGGUCCGCAUCGCAGCAAAGCAGUUCGUCCUUCGUUAUCGCUCAGUACGACAGAUACUUUGACACCUGCGAGUCCCAUAACGGCGCAUUUUCAUCAUCAAUGCAAAGGAGGUCCUUUUAUUAACACAAGCAAGCUUUCUUCAAUGGUAACGGCGCCCACACGAGAGAAUCUCGCGAAAUUGUGCAUGCAAGAGAUUCUUGCUUCCUGCAAAGAUACGUCGCAAUUGUCACCGCUACUCUUUGCCGCAAUGGAAGGCGAUAUCUACAUAAUUUCGGUCGGCGACAAAAAUUAUACCGUCAAAAUUCCCACUGCAAUCCGUCAAAACGAUAAUGAGGCCUUAAAGGAAUUCCUGGUUACGCUAUGUUCGACGUGUCGCGCAUGCAAAAACUUGAUAACGCUCGAGCCGGGACCCGAUGCAUGCGAAAAUUGCUCCUCGUCGAGCAUGAAACGUGCGAUCAAACAAGAGCCCAGUAGUCCCGUAAGUCCCAAACGACGAUCUGUCGAAGUUGCGAGCGACGAAAGACGCUCCAUGGCACCGACAUCAACGACAAACAACACGCCGAUGGAGGUGAAAACGGAAGCUGUAACCAGCACGACGAACCGUAAGUCAAUGCAAUCCUUUCAAAAGGCAAAAAUUGACGAAAAACCUUUGUUAGGAACGCCGCAAACGCCGCCCGUAGCAACAGUUGCCCCCGAACAAAGUCAACCGACGCAGCAACAAGCGCAGCAAAGCACGCCCGUAAUACCGCAACAAACAAUUAUGUCGCCGCCAUCAUUGAGGGCACCGAUAACGGAAUGGGGCAUUGAAGAUGUCAUCACGUACAUUUCCGCUACGGAUCCCAGUUUAUCGAUACAUGCAGAGCUCUUUCGACGUCACGAAAUUGAUGGAAAAGCAUUCCUCUUGCUCAAUUCAGACAUGAUGAUGAAAUACAUGGGUCUCAAAUUAGGUCCCGCACUGAAAAUCUGCAAUUUGGUUAGCAAAGCAAAGGGACGACGACAGAGUAACAUCUCUGGAUAUGCAGUUUAAAUUGUUUCUAUUCGAGACUCAUCGCUCUUUGCACCAUUUCUUGCAGUUCUUUGGGAAGUUCUUGUAAUUUUUCGCCGUUACAUUCCUCGUUAGAAGCGAUUGUUUCGUUCACAGUGUCGAUUGUAUAUUCCGACGAUACGUCACUCAUUGCACUUUGUUUCUCGUAUUCGCUACUGGAA